AAUUUUUACUAUUUUAUAGUUUGUUUUUCGAUAAUCUGGAUAAUCCGGAAUUUAUUUUUUUUAAACGGUUAUGUGUAUUUUUACAAAAUGGAAACAACAACAACAAUCAUCGAUGAUAUUAAACAACGAGACAAUGAAAUACAAACUCUCAAAGAACGUAUUGAACAAUUGAAUGAAGAAUUAAAAACGGCUACGGCCGAAAAAAUUCAAUCAGCUCAAUAUGGUUUAGUGUUGUUGGAUGAAAAAGAAGAAUUACAAAGAAAAUAUGAUGAACUUGAAAGUAAAUAUGAUUCGAAAAAUGAAGAUUUUGAAGAUCUCAAAGAGGCCUUGAAUAAACUACAAACAAUACAACGUGUUUCAGCAACAUCCGAAAUCGAACAAGAAGAACAACUACUGAUGGAAAGUGCUAAAAAAGAAGAACAUUUUAUUAGUACUGUUAUUGAAUUAGGAAAAGAAUUAAAACAAGCUAAAAAUGAAUUACAAAAUGUUAAAGAUGAUCGUGAUAAAUGUUAUCAGGAAAAUUUAAAAUUAUUAGAGCGAAAAGAAAUGAAUGAAAAAGAGAGGAAAAAAAUUAUUGAUGAAUUAAAAGAAUCAAAACAACGUGAAUCAAGAUUACAUUUAGAGAUAAAUGAACUUGAAGAAGAAAAUAUAUCAUUACAAAAACAAGUAUCAUUAUUAAAAUCAUCACAAGUAGAUUUUGAAACAUUUAAAUUAGAAAUACAACGUUUACAAGGUGAAAUUGAUAUAUUACAAACACAGAUUGAAGAAUGUACUAAAUUGAAAAGUAUUGCUGAAAAACAGACAAAAGAAGCAUUAGAAGCAUUACAAUUGGAACGUGAACAAAAAUAUGCUAUCAAAAAAGAAUUGGAUAAAAAAUUAAAUUCCGAAUCAUAUUUGAAUAUUAAUAAUUUUGUUGGUUUUACUGGUUUGAAAUUUGAUUAUGAUGAAACAGAAAAUUUUGAUGAAACAGUUGGAUUGGAUGAUAAUAGUGCCUUAAAAAAAUUGGAAAAUGAAUUUCUUAAUAAUUCAGAUAAUUAUAUAACACAACCACCAUCAUUGGAAGGUUCAUUAUUCAGUGAAGUACAUAUAAAUGAGAUAAAAAAAUUUGAACGUAUGUUAGAAGAAUCGGAUAGCCAAAAACAUCAACUAACACAACGUUUAAAUGAUACACAAACAAUGUUGGAAAAAGCAAGGGAAGAAUUAAAACAACAAACAAUAAAAAUUGAAAAAAUAUUUGAAGAAUUAAAUAAUCUAAAUCUUGAUGAUAAUUCAAAUGAUAAUAAUAUAAGUGAUCCAGAAUUAUCUAAUCUUAAACAAUUGAUUAAAUCAAAAAUAUCUAGUAUUGAUUUGAAUGGUUAUAGAAAUGAGCUAGAAAAAUUAAAACAUUCAAUGAAAGAAUAUGAAAUGAAAACAAAACAAUAUGAAAAUGAUUGUGAAAUAUUAGCCAAAAUGAUAAAUGAAUUUUAUUCAAAUUCAAAUCAAACAUAUGAAGAAUUAUCAUUGGUUUCGGAAGAAUUGGCCUCGUUAUAUCAUCAUAUCUGUUUGAUUAACGGUGUAACACCGGAUCGAGUAAUACUCAAUCAUUUGCAACCUAAUUUCGAUCCAAAUCGAUCGAUUGAUCAGUUAAAAGAAAAAUUAACUAAAGUAUAUGGUAUAUUGGAAGAGAUUAAAACGGUCGAGUGCAAUAAUUUAUUGGAUACCGUUAAAGAUCAGAUAAAAGUAUUGAAAACGGCUGUUGAUACAGCUAUUGAGAAUAGAAAUUUUCGACAAAAACAUUCACCACAAGAUGUUUGUGAACAACCGACAUCAUUGGUUUCCGUUCAAGAUGUUGAUGAUUUACAAGAUCAAAUUGUAAGAUUGAAAUCAUUAUUGUCGACAAAACGUGAACAAAUUGCAUCGCUGAGAACUGUUUUGAAGACAAACAAACAAACUGCCGAAGUAGCAUUGGCUAAUUUAAAAUCAAAAUAUGAGACUGAAAAAGCCGUUGUGACUGAAACGAUGACAAAAUUGAGAAAUGAACUCAAGGCCCUGAAAGAAGAUGCUGCUACAUUUGCAUCAUUACGUUCAAUGUUUGCAGCUAGAUGUGAAGAUUAUGUUUCACAAAUUGAUGAAUUACAACGAAAAUAUAAAGCUUCGGAAGAGGAAAAGAAAACAUUAAAUUCAUUGUUACGUAUAGCAAUACAGCAAAAAUUGGCAUUGACUGAAAAACUUGAAGAAUUAGAAAUGGACAAAGAAAGACAAUCGAUGGGAAAAGCACAGAAUGAAACAAAUCGACGAAAUCUUAAAAUAAAUAUGAGAAGCUUAAAUCAACGUCUAACACCAAAAACUAAUAAUAAUAAUAAUAAUAAUCUUCGACGUCCUAAUUGAUUGAUUUUAUGUUUUUCUUUUGACUAAAAUGACAUUUUGAUUAUAAUAGCCUUCAUUUUAUAUUCAU